AUGAAUACAUUUUGGUGGGAGCAAAAUAAAUUGCUAAUGAACGAUGAAGAUAUUCGUGAUGGAUUCAUGAAGUUACGGAGUGAGAAAAAUAAAAUUCGGUAUUUAGAGAGGUUAGCGGGUGUAGAUAGAAAUAGAAAUCCUUGUGAUUUUAUCAAUCUACGAGUGGCGAGUAGCACUAAUGGAAGUGAACAUGUAGAUCUAAUGGAUAUAGAUAGGGUGGAUCGUUUGGAGGCGGGUCUAUUGGUGGCAGAUCGACUAGUGGAGGGUCUGUUGGUGGCGGGUCUAUCGGUGGUGAGUCGUCUGGUGAUCAAAGUUUUGGCUUCAGCACCUGGGAUAAUAUUAACAGUGAUGAGAUCAUGUCCAGCUCUAAUUAUGGAGGUUCGGGACAAGAACAUUCGGAGCAAAAGACUAAGGACAAGCUCGUAA